AUGUCGGCGCACAUGAAGGCCGUCGAGGAGGCCGAGGCCCGUGGCGAGACGGGAGAGCGAGGUGCCUGGAAGUGGAAAAUCCGGCAGAGGAUCUGGGACUACAUGGAAGAGAACGACAUCGCCGCCGACCCCCGGCCGGUGCACCACCGGAUCCCAAACUUCGUGAGGGCGGAGCUCACCGCAAAGCAGGUGGAGCAGCUGGAGGAGUUUCAGCGUGCGAAGUGGGUCAAGGUGAACCCCGACCGGCCGCAGAAAGAGGUCCGGGUCUCCGUUCUGCGGGCGGGCAAGAUGCUUCUGGUGCCGCAGCCAAGGUUGCGGACCGGCUUCUUUAGUGUGCUGGACCCGGGCAAGAUCCCCGCGGAGAAGUAUGGUUAUGCUUGUACUCAAAUGGGGGUGGUGGAGUACGGAGAGCCCAUAGACCUUGACGCGGAGCUGAAGGUCGAUAUGGUGAUCAUCGGUUCCGUGGCCGUGAACCCUGCCAACGGCGCUCGUUUGGGCAAGGGAGAAGGCUUCGCGGAGCUGGAGUAUGGCAUGCUCCGCCUCAUGGGCGCUGUUGACGACGACACCCCCGUGGUCAGCUGCAUCCACGACUGCCAGCUGGUGGAUGAUAUCCCUUCCGAGAAGCUGCUGUGCCAUGAUGUUCCCGUGGACAUCAUCUGCACACCCACCAGGACAAUUCGGGUGGAGCGGAGUCUGCCGAAGCCGACCGGGAUCUACUGGGACAAGCUGUCACCGCAGAAGCUGGGCUCCAUCCUCAUCCUCCAGAAGCUCAAAGCCAAGCUGGAGCGUGAGUUGGGCCGGGAGCUCCCCUCCGGCCCGGAUGAGAUCCUUCCGCCCACCGCCCAGCGCGAGAAGGGCAAGGGCAAAGGCAAAGGCAAGGGAAAAGGCAAGGGAAAGGAGAAGGGAAAGUGGAAGGACGGCAAAGGAAAGGAGAAGGGCAAAGCGCAGCGCGGCUUGGAUGUGGAAGGCUGGGUUCCGGCAGCUGUCGACAGCACAGGCCACUCGCAGGCACGCCGGCGCUGGCAGCCCAAAAACUGA